CAAAAGCGACGAUGAACUCUCUCUCUCUCUCCGCCGUGUUCCGCCGAAGUAUGGAGGCGACGCUCGUGCAACCGUACAACAACGCUCAUGACUCCUUUCUCCCACCGCGAAUCAAUCGGUCGGUCUCCAUGCAAAAUCAUCGCCGGCGAUCUCAAUCCACUGGAAUUCGAUCGACUCUCGCAGACAACAGCGUCGACGUUUCGUCAGUUGCUCGUCAAUCGCAAACUGUGUACAACGACAAUUUGUUCGAUCGCCUCGCCAUUAAUCAUCUCUCUCACUGCUUGCAAGCUUCCACAGGCCUGCGGAACGAAAAGCGUGGAUACGACGGAUUGGUGGAAGCAGCAACAGUUGCCGCUAGGCAUUUCAGUCCAAUCGAACAAAGGCAGAUUAUUAUUCAAACACUCGAAAUGGCCAUUCCCAAGCCUAUACUUUCACUGAUCAAGACAGUGCUAAAACCAUCUAAAUUUGCUAGGGAAUACUUCGCCGUCUUCACCACGUUUUUCUUCGCUUGGUUAGUCGGUCCCUGUGAGGUUAGAGAGGCAGAGUUUGAUGGGAAAAAAGAGAAAAGUGUUGUGCACAUACCAAAAUGCAGGUUUUUGGAGGAGACAAAUUGUGUAGGCAUGUGCACUAACCUUUGCAAGAUGCCUUCCCAAACGUUCAUUAAGGAGUCCCUUGGAAUGCCAAUCUACAUGGUCCCCAAUUUUGAUGAUAUGAGCUGUGACAUGAAAUUUGGUCAGGAGCCACCCGCACAAUCCUUAGAUCCAGCAUUCACACAGCCAUGUUACAAGCAAUGUAAGUCCUCCGGGAGGCAUCAGAAGAACUGCACCAAGUAAGCUUUCUUAAAGAAAUCAAACAAUGGAAAACAAAGGUCAGUUUAAUCAUCCAACUAAAAUAAUUCUGAUUUGUUAGUUUCACUAUGGAUUAUCAAUUCAUGAUAUGAUUUCAAAUAUCUCUAAGCCAAUGGUAGAGCCUUUGAGUUGUGAAAACUUUCACUCUUAAUUAGCUCAUCCUUACAUCACAGCUUAUGACAGCUAAUUAUAGAUUGAGGAUCCUAAGUUUAAGUAGUAGUGGAUGUGAUGACCAAAUCAGCCAUCAUUUAAAUCCUUAGUGAGCACACCAUACCAUAGUAGUAUCAACAUGAUAACCCCACGAGUACGAUGAAAGCCAAUUCCUGAAUCAGGAUUUCAUAGAUUCACUGUUCAAGAAUUGGACAUUUCUUUGGUGCCUUAGAUGAAGAAAAACUUCUUAUUACUAUUUAGGCUUAACCCACAAUAUUAUUUAUAUAUUCUCGCCCUGCAAAAGUGCUUUGACUGAGGAUUGUGUUGUGGGGUUUGUAGACAGCAAAUGUGGGGUUUCACAAUUCACAGUGCUCCCCACUCUCACUCACUAAUAAGUGGCUGGCACUGAUUAAAUCUAUGUGCUUUCUUUUCUGUCUGGGAUUAGGACAACUGGACAAGUGAAGUGAGGCUCAUAUAUUGUCCUAUUAGCUAAUCUUGUUGUCUUCACCAAAGAUUGCCAUGGAAAUUGGUGGAAUUCUUGAAUAAUUAGCACCUGCCCUGUGUGAAGAAUAAUAAUUUGUCAUGAUCACACUAAAUCUAUCGAAUGAUUACCUGAUUAUAAUUUAUACACCUGAGAGACAUGUAUACAGUUUCACUCUGAACUUUAAUAUAUAAAAAUAAUAUCUUACAAAUGUGAUGGGCUUGGAGGAU